AUGGACGGCCAGGUUUUUUCUAGCGUGUUACUUUCGCCUCAGUUACAAAAUCAAGCAACAUACACUAUUGAGCAAGUAAGGGACGAUCUGACUCGCCUUAUGAUACAGAUGCCUCAAAGACAAAACACUGAUGAUUGUGUCAGCGUUGAGCUUGAGGUUCGAUUGCCGUAUGGUGCAAGCCUUGUGCGUUUAGCAGUGAACAAUCUAGAUAUCGAUAUCCAACAGCCCUUUGUCAAAGAGAUACAAGUCGUUGACAUACAGACAUCUAAUGCCGAUAUAACGCUUAAUCAUUGGUCUGGCGAGUCUUUGAACUUAAAGACAACCAAUGGUCAUAUAAAGACAUUAGGGACGCUGUUUGCUAGAGAUAGUAUUUACAUGAAAAAUUCCAACGGACAGAUUUCUUUAAUAGAUAAUGCAGUAGCCAAAAGAACUAUCCAUGUCAACAAUGUCAAUGGGGAUAUAGAAGCCUUUGGUCUAUUGAAAGCAGAUAAUUCUGUUCAAGUUGAAAAUGCAAAUCGACUGAUUGGACUCAACAAGAUAGAGGCAAAUAGCGUCUCUAUUCAGAAUGCCAAUAGCGACAUUCAGGUCAAUUAUAUUAUGGCCAAAUUUCGUGUCGUAGUCAAGACGUCCAAUGCACCUAUCUCUUUUGGAGUGACAGGGGUCAAGAACAAUCAAGUCAAUGUGAUCAAUAGCAAUGGUCCAGUCAAUCUACAUAUGCCAAGUGAAUUUGAAGGUCAUUUCUUACUGAGCACAACACCUUCCACAGACAUAAUCAUUGAAAAUGAAGAAUAUAUCGACUAUGAAGAAAACCAAUCUUUUACUAAACGUGGUACAAGAAGAGGUACAGCAAAAGGUGAUUUGACUGUACAAACUAGCCAUGGCGAUGUUCAUUUAGCUUUUGACAUUUAACCUUGUUUUAUUAUCAUCCUAAAAGAAAUAAAACUAUCC